AAGAACAAGGGCAACAAAGUUGGGAAAAAAUAGCCACAGGAGCAGCAGAUUCAUAAUGCAGGCACCAAGCCCCAGUGAUAACCCUGGAGACAAAAACCAAAACAAAACAAACAAACAACAACAACAACAAAACCAGACAGAACCAAUCUCCAGGAGCUAAGAUGAUGGCUCACCUAGUUGAGCACACAUGUUACAGGGCACAAGGAUCUAGGUUCAAGCCCCUAGUCCCCAUCUGCAGGGGGAAAGAUUCACGAGUGGUGAAGCAGGGCUGCAGGUGUCUCUCUGUUUCUCCCCUUCUCCAUCUCCCUCUUUCUCUCAACUUCUGGCUGUGUCUAGCCAAUAAAUAAAGGUAAUAAAACAAAUCUGAAUUGUCGACAGGGAGAGAAACGGGCAGCCUGCUGGCCUUCCUCCAUCCACUUGGCUGGGUGGAGCCGACUUUAGUUACUGCCCGCAGGCCCCUCUGCCCAUCCCUGGAUGCUGCCACAUCCCCCCUCCCUCCCACCCAGGGGCCUGUGUCUGUCUGUCUGCCGGUGAGAGGUGGGCCUGUGGGAAGAUGAGCGCCUGCGGGAGGAAAGCGCUGGCCCUGCUGAGCAGUGUCUUUGCCGUCUGCGGCCUGGGCCUGCUGGGCAUCGCGGUCAGCACUGACUACUGGCUGUACCUGGAGGAGGGCCUGGUCCUGCCGCAGAACCAGAGCACGGAGGUCAGGAUGUCCCUGCACUCGGGCCUGUGGCGGGUCUGCUUCCUUGCAGGUGAGGAGCGGGGACGCUGCUUCACUAUAGAAUAUGUGAUGCCCAUGAACACUCAGCUGACGUCCGAGUCCACGGUCAACGUGCUGAAGAUGAUCCGCUCAGCCACACCGUUCCCGCUGGUCAGCCUCUUCUUCAUGUUCAUUGGGUUUAUCCUGAGUAACAUCGGCCACAUCCGCCCCCACAGGACCAUUCUGGCCUUUGUCUCUGGCAUCUUCUUCAUCCUCUCAGGCCUCUCGCUGGUGGUGGGGCUGGUGCUGUACAUAUCCAGCAUCAACGACGAGAUGCUCAAUAGGACCAAGGAUGCAGAGACCUACUUCAGCUACAAGUACGGCUGGUCCUUCGCCUUUGCGGCCAUUUCCUUCCUUUUGACAGAGAGCGCCGGGGUGAUGUCUGUGUACCUGUUCAUGAAGCGGUACACCGCCGAGGACAUGUACAGGCCACACCCCGGCUUCUACCGCCCGCGUCUCAGCAACUGCUCUGACUACUCGGGUCAGUUCCUGCACCCCGAAGCCUGGGUCCGUGGCCGCAGCCCCUCCGACAUCUCCAGCGAUGCCUCUCUGCAGAUGAACAGCAACUACCCAGCCCUGCUGAAGUGCCCCGACUAUGACCAGAUGUCCUCAUCCCCCUGCUGAGCCUGUUUCUUGUCUGGGCGGUGGACAGACAGACAGGCGUCCCCUCCUGUGCUCCCCUGCUUGAAGACUCAGGCUGCCCCUGUGCUUAGGGAUGAUGGUGCUUCGUCCCUUAUGCUUCCUCCUCCCUGUCCCCAGAUAAUCUCUCUAGCUGCCCCUCCCUGUCAGGAAUUUGGAACCAGCAAGCAAGCUGGUUGUCUGAGAGCCAUCUCUUUGAGUGCCAGUCACUACAGGGAAGCCAGUCAGCUCCCCGCUUUCCUGGCAGAGGUGGGUACUCCAGCCCACCUGCACACCCACCUCCAGCCCCCCCCCCCUUGCUCUGGAAGCGGGUUCCUUACUCCACCCUCACUUUGAUGAUCUGAGUCAUCAGGCCGAAGGCGGCUGGGGCUGUGCAGGCCUACUGGCUCAGAAUCCUCUGGCACUGUUUCUGUGAGAUCCUUUCUGUCACCUCCAUCCUUCUGCCUAAGACUCAUUCUGUGCUCUCCCCUUCCUCCUCCUUCAUGCUGUGAAUUCUCUGCAGUCUUCCCAUCAUGACUCAGCCCCCCCCCCAGUCCCUAAGGUAGAAAGAGUGGGUCUGCUGAGAUCACAAACAGGUGUUAAUAAUGGUGGAUGACAUCUCAAAAAUGUAUGACCCCCCCCCCCAUGGCAUAUUAACAGGGGCCUUUGAUGCCUUAACCCAAAGAAGUUACUCUGUCGGGGAAUUUUCAGAAUUCACCUGGGAUGUAUCAGUAGGAUCAGAGAGCCUUCCUCAAGCCUUGGGGCUAAUGUCCCACCUCACUCA